AAUUUUGAAAAGUGCAAAAAAGUUCUAAUUUGAAUUUAUGACAAAAAAAAAAGAAAUAAAUUCUUUAUUUUUAAUUUAUAUUAAUUGAACUUUAUUAAUAUUAGUGUUGUUGUUAUUGUAAACAGCAGCAUACAUACACACAAGCAUCAUCAAACACCAUCAUCUCCUCUUUAUUAUCAACAUCAUCACCACAACACCCCUCUGCGAAAAAAAAAAACACACUCUCUCUUGGAGUAAACUAUACUCUUUACACUUAAACAAAAAAUUGUGUUAAAAAAUUCUUAAACAAAAAAGGAUUUUUUUUGCUGCUAAACACCAAAGAUCAAAUAAAACACAAUUAGUGUGAACGCAGACAUACACACACAGGAAAACAACAACCAAAUAUUAUAAAUGAUGAACCCUUAAUAGAGGAGUUUUUACUACAUGUGGCAAACACGACGGACUCACUCAUCGUUUUUUUGUUUGUUUUUCGUUUACGUUUUCUGCCUCUACUGGCUGCGUGUGUGAUCAAAAUUUAAAGUGACUCACUCAUGCUGCUGCAUCAUCAUAUGCCUGCAAGAACAACGCAACAACAACUUAAUUUAAUUAGAUUGAAAUAUAAAAUUCAAACUGAAAUUUCAAAAAAACGUAAAAGAAGAAAAUAAUUUACAAAUAAAAUACUACUCACCAACAACAAAUUAACAAACAAACAGCAUAUCAAAUUGAUAUUAUAAUAAACUUUUUCAAUAAAAUAUUGAAUGUUGAAACCAAAGAUUUUGUAAACUGCAAAGAAUUUCAAAACAAAAAUAAGUGAAACCAAAGAGUCUGAAAAAAAAGUUUAACAAAAGAAAAAAAAAAAGAAUAUUUUAAAUAUUCGACCAAAACUACCAAAAACAAACAAAAUAAUUUUUAUUAUUUUAACAAUUAGAUUUAUUUUAAUAAUUAAUGCCUUAAAUAUGUCGGGUAUAUUUCGUAGUAAUUCAACUUCGAAUCAUACAAAUGAUUCAACACCCAAUAAACGUUUUUCUUUCAGUGCAUUUUGCUCUAGUCCCGGUACUUUACAAGAUGUAACCAUGGAAAAUCCCUAUGGCGUCGGUUAUCGUUCGCCUUGCGUUAGUCUACAACCCUAUCAGGGUUCCACCUCGCCCGCCGCUCAGGGUCGUUCAGUACGGGAAUUCGAAGAACAAAUGGCCACUUUGCGUAAAGAAAAUUUCAAUUUGAAAUUGCGUCUGUAUUUCAUCGAAGAAAGUAUACCCGGUUAUAAACAAGCCAAUAAUACCUCUUCGGAAGAUACUCUCAUGAAACAAUUGAUCGACACCAAAGUAGAAAUGGAAAUUCUACGCAAAGAAGUUCAGGAGAAACAAGAUCUACUUAAAGAGGCCGCCCAGGGUAUGAUACAAAUGGAGAAAAUUCUUAAAGAAUCUGAAACAAAAUAUCAACAUGUAGUCGAGGAACUAAAUCAGAAAAUACAAUAUUUGGAAAUGGAAAGAGAAAUGGAAAAAUCACGUAUUAAUAUACCGGCCGGAGGAGCUCAAGAAUUCAACGAGUUAAUGGAAAGAUCGGAUUUAGCAGAAAAUCUAAAUGCUUUGCAAAAAUUACACGAAUUGGAGGGUUUGCUUAAACAGUCCGAUGACAAACUUUUGGAUUUUCAACAACAAAUCUAUAGCCUAGAAGAACUUCUAGUGAAACGUGAUGAAACCAUUAAGGAAUAUGAGGAAAAAGUCAAAGAACUUGUCUUCCAAAAUAAUGAACUUUUAGAAACCAUCGAUACCAAGGAUGCGGAAAUUGCUAAUAAUGAGGCUCAACAACUACGCGAAGAAUUACAAAAACAUAAAAUGGAUGCUGCCGAUAAAAGUUGCAUGAUCCAAGAUCUUGAGGAGAAACUUAAAAAUCGUGAUCAACUUUACGAAAAGGCACGUUUAACCAUACAGAAAUUAAUGCUGAGCAUUAAAAAUCAACAAGUGGAAAAUAGUCGCUUGAAGAACAGUACACAGGCUUCGAAUGUCUCAAAUAAUGAAAAGGAGCAUCACACUGCCGUUGGUAUCAGUGGCUUGGAGUGUACCGGCUUUUGUCGUUCCUUUAGCGAUACAGAGGCUUUAAAUGAUUUGACAUCAUUACAAAAACAAAAAUACGACCAUAUAAUCGAACAGCAAGAGGUCACCAUUAAAAAUCUCAAAGUUGAAGUGAAAAAGAAAACUGCCGAUUUGCAGAAUCUUGUUAACAAAGAACUUUGGGAGAAAAAUCGUGAAAUUGAGCGUCUCAAUAAAAUCCUUAACAAAACCACCACUUCCCCUAUGUCGCCUCAGACGCACAAUGUUAGUCAAGGAGAGGUGAAUGGUGAGUUACAACAGUCUUUCUCUGAUGUGGAAUAUACCAAGGCAUUACAACGCAAUAAGCUAUUGCAGCGUAAAGUGGAUAUUUUAAUACAACGUUUGGGUACAGAAAGACAAAAUGAUGCUUUAAUAGCUCAACUGCAAACUGAACUGAAGCAGGCCCGUUUGGAUGCAGAGACUGCGGAGAAAUGGCGUCGUCAAUGUGCCGAUUUGUGUCAAACUCUAUCUACCCGCCUGGAAGAAUUGGCUGGUUUCCUUAAUUCUUUACUCAAACACAAAGAUGUUUUGGGUGUUUUGGCGGUAGAGAAACGCAAGGCUAUGCGUAGGGCAGUGGAUCGUAGUUUGGACUUGUCCAAGAGUCUUAAUAUGACUUUAUCGGUUUCGGGUCUUUCUAUGAUUGACCAAAGUUUGGCAGAAUUGCAUAAUUUGUCGGAUAUUCUGGGUGACUUAGAUAUAGAUUUGGAAAAUAAAACUUUCAAUUCACACGAAGACAUACACGGCCAGUCUAUCGAAAUACUUAAGGCUGAAAAUAAGGCUCUUAAAAAGGAGUUGGAUAAACGCCGUACAGCAGAUUCAAAGAAGGAGCGACGUUCUUUGCCUUUGCCCAUGAUGGCGGAAAAUAGGGAAAGUGAAUCCGAAGCCUGGUCCGAGCCUGAUCGUAAGGUGUCCUUGGCUCGCAUAGGAUUAGAAGAUCAUUCAGCCUCCUUGAUGGCCAAAGAGCAGCCUUUGGCGGCACAACACAAUGAAACCGAUAGUGACUACAGUGAAUCGAAUAGUCGCUCAUUUAAGGCCCGCAGCCAAGAACGCAUUGCCCAAUUAGAGCAACAGCUUCAGCAGAGAGAUCAACGUAUUCUCGAAAUCCAAUGCCAGCUGGUGGAAGCUGAUAAUCGUUUGAAAAAGGAAAAUUUGAAAGUAUUAGAAGCCAAUCAAGAAUUGGAGCAACUAAAGCAACGCAAUGAAGAACUGCAUCAUGAUCUAAUAGCCAUAGGUUCCCAAGAACCCAGUAAUAUAAACAAUGAAUCCUUGCUGUUAAGGCAAAUCGAUGAAAAGUCACGUUCUCUAGAAAAACUACAAGAAGAACGUGAACGCCUUACGGUAGAGUCAAGAUUAGCAGAAAUACAAAUCAAUUCCCUAAAGGCCGAUAUGGAAAUUGUCAAACAAACCUAUGAAGAAGCUCUGCAGCAAGCAGCCGAAAGAGAGCAGCAACAACUGAACGCCCUCAAACAAGAAAUGCAACAACAAUUGCAACAAACUCUAAUGGAGAAACAACAAGAAUAUGAAGAAUGUCUCGAAAGAGAUUACAUAGCAAAACAACUCUACGAAGAGUGUUCACAACAACUAAAUGAAUUACAAAAACAAUACAUAGAAGCUCAAAGAACCAUCGAUUGUUUGCAGGAAAAUGAGCAGGAACUUAAACAAACCCUGGUAGAAUCUGAACUAACCUCACGUAAUCUACAAAAACAAAUCGAUGAAAGCACCUUAAGAGCCUCCAAGGCCGCUAUGGAACGUGUAAAGGCUCUAAAUGAUAAACUGCAAUUGGAAAAACGUGUCGAAGAAUUAACCCUGGAAAUAAACCAACAUGAAGAACAACGUUUACAAAUGCAACAACAAAUUGAUCAUUUGGAACAAGAACAGCAAUCGCUACUCGAACGUUUGGCCGUCUUGCAAACUAAACAACGUUUGGUUAAGCCAGACGAUCAAAAUUGCCAAUCCGGUUACACUUCCGAAGAAGUACCCCUACCGCAUUCCUCUGCUGCUAAUGCACAAAGCCUCGUGGCUCAACAGCGCUUGGGUGAGCAACGUAUACAGAAUUCAUCACCCGAUUUGGGUAUAGAAAGUGAUGCGGGACGUGUUAGUAGUGUGGAACUGAAUAGUGUACAACGUCCUCAAUUGAAGACCGUGGAAAUGAGUCCGUCCUCGAAACAACUUAGUAGUACUGAAUCGGAUGAGAAAGAAGGUCUCCAUGACAGCAGUACCGAAAACAUUAAACCUUCCAAUAAUAACACAGAUGCCAACAAUGGACAACUGACAACACAGCAGCUGGCCAAGAAACACGAUUGCCUAAAGGUAGAACAAGAAAACGCUGAAUUGCGUCGUAAAUUAUUACGCACCAAACGUGCCUUUGAAGACACAUAUGAAAAACUACGCAAUGCUAAUCAACGCAAGGCACAAAUUGAAAAAGACAUUAAAAAUCAAAUACUCAAAACACACAAUGUCCUUAAGAACGUACGUUCCAAUAUGGAAAAUGAAUUGUAACGUACGUUUAAUCAUUAUUGUCAUCAUUGCCAACAUCCACUGUUACCACUUUAAUAUUUUUAACACAUAUUCAAAAAUAGAUUUCAUUUCAUAACAUAUCUAUAUACACACUGGAGUUUUUGCACCUGUUACACUUAAAGACACUUUUGUUUAACAAAGUUUUUGUUUUUAAUUUUUGAAGGGAAAUUUUUUUAAUUUCCAUUUAUGAGUUUUCUUGAGCAUUUUUUUUUUUAAUUUUGUUUGAUUGAAAAUAAUUUUAAUUUAGUUUAUAAGUAUAUACGAUUUAAGUCUGAAUUUAGAAAACGAAACGCGAUCUGAAGGUGCUAAAGGAAUUAACCAUAGAAGACCCCCCCCCCCCCCCCUUUUAUAAAGCAUCAUUUUAACAAAAAAUACUAAAACCUGGAAUAAUUGUUUUACUGAUUGAAAAAGAAGACUUUUUGUCAAGUCUGACCUUUAACAUAAAACUCUUGAACUAAAAAGCCAUAUUAAUUUUAACUUUACUAAUUAUAACUUUAUAAACUUUGUAUUCCCCUCUUAACUACUUAAUUUAUUAAUUUAAUAAACUAUUAAAUAAUUGUGUAUUGUCAAAUUAUUUCUCAUUUCAAUGUAUUGUUUCUUACAAAAUAAUAUUAAUAUUUUAACCUUUUAACCUUAAUGCUACAACUAAACCAUUCAUAUUGAAUGCAAAUAUAAAUCUAAUUUUAUGAAAAACACUUUUUCUAAAUAAAUAAAUAAAUUAUAAUUUUUUCCUAAUUUAAUUUUUUUACUCAAAAUGUUUAUUUUUUUAAUUUAUUCUUUUUUUAUUUUGCCUGCUGCAAUUUUAUUAAUUUUCUAUAGCCUGCCUCCUGCUUUCAAGAAGAUAUUGAAGUUAUGCUGUAAAAAAGAUUUCAAAAAUUUUUGGCUUUUUAUCUCAAAAUUUUGUUUGCAAACCUUCUACAACUUUUCUUCUCUACAGCUGUGUUCUUUUUAAUUUUAAUUUCUUUUAAACGAUUUAUUUAAAAUUUAACGAUUUAACGAACGAACUUUUUAAUUUUAACUCUAAAUUAUCCCUAAAAAUAAGAAAAACUUGUAUUUAUGUAAAAUUUGUAAAAUAUUAAACUAACCUCGAAGAACAAAACUGAAAAUUAAAAAAAUUAACCAACCACCUCUUUGUACAGUUAGUAAGUUUAGUUUUUAGUUGAAUAUUAACAAAAGAACAAAAAAUAAAAAAACUUUUAUUAUUAGUUAAGAAAAUUUUGUUGUUAAGCUUAAAUACGAUUUAAAUUAUUUUAUAUACGAAAAAAAAUAAAACAAACACAAAACCACAAAAAUUAAAAUGUAUUGAAAAACCAAACGUCUAAUAAAACGAAAACAUGUU